AUGAACCAAGAAGAGCAAAUUAAGCUUCUGGGGUUAUGGGGAAGUCCUUUUAGCAAAAGAGUAGAGAUGGUCCUGAAACUUAAGGGAAUACCUUAUGAAUACAUUGAAGAAGAUGUUUAUGGUAACAAGAGCCCUAUGCUUCUCAAAUACAACCCUAUUCACAAGAAAAUCCCUGUCCUCAUCCACGGUGGCAGAUCCAUAGCUGAGUCUCUGCUGAUUGUCGAAUACAUAGAAGAUACGUGGAAGACAAGUUACCCGAUUUUGCCACAAGAUCCUUAUGAACGUUCCAUUGCCCGUUUUUGGGCUAAGUAUGUGGAUCAGAAGGUGAUGUUAGCAUCGUGGAAGGCUUGUUGGGGACCGGAAGACGAAAGGGAAAAAUUGGUGGAAGAAGCUUAUGAGCGUUUGACAUGCCUUGAAAACGAGCUUGGAGAUAAACAAUUUUUCGGUGGAGAGACAAUUGGAUUUGUCGAUAUAGCGGCUGAUUUCAUAGCAUAUUGGUUAGGGAUCGCCCAAGAAGCUUCGGGUGUGACGAUCAUGACCGCAGAGAAGUUUCCAAAACUUCAACGUUGGUCGGAGAAUUUCGUUGGGAAUAAUGUUAUCAAGGAAGUCUUGCCUCCUAAGCAGAAGCUCGUGGCACUUUUCAAAGCCCAGUUUGGUAAUGUUACAUCUUCUUAA